AUGACACACGACGCCCCUUUCCUGACGCAACCAACGGCGGAGUGUGACACCCAACAAGAAGGUGGCCAAUCCGUGGAUGUGAUACAGAGAGAGAAGGAAUUUCGGCAGGCCUUCAAGGACCACGUGGAGGCAACGAACAUCCUGUACAGAACGAAGCUUAACAAAAUGCUCUCAUCAGCUUAUACUGGAUCCAUAAUGGCGGCAUUGCAAGGAAGUAUACGAAUUAAAGACCCAAAAUUGGAAUAUGAACAAGUAUUCACCACCUUGGACAAGGAGUAUGGAGACAAAGAGACAUAUAAGGCCGAGCACACUGCCAAAGCUGACAGGUGCAGAGGAGGCAGUGACAUGGCAGCAGGAUACAGAAGGUUCCUGCAGGUGAAGAGGGCAGCAUGGAACAGUAUGUUUUGCCCCAUCAUUCAGCCGCACUUGCUGCUGUGGCUGAGUCAUCCCUCCUGUCCUCACCUCAGCCUGGACCAAGCCAGCAAAGCCACUGUCAAUAUUCCCAGUCAGCAGUGCAGCCCACAUCACUGUGUACUCACCCUGUCCAGCCUUCAACAUCAUUGCCAUCACCAUCUCCUUCUCACCUACUGCUGGUUCCAGCAGGUGACACAUAAGCAUGGCAGAAGGUCUAGUAGUUCCUCAGAUGUUGGAGAUCUAACAUGUGUUCUUCACGAAGACAGGGAACAUAAGGGGUUCAGUGAAUAUGUUGGGUGACCAACUGGAAGUAAUGAACUCUACUUUCAGCACCUGCUUGGAGGUCAUGACUACAAUGUUGGAAGUCAUAGCCAAUUCCCUGGCAGAAAUUGCCGGCAAGAAAGAUUACUGUAUUACAAGACCAUUUUAUUUGUAUAUAAUGUAUGUUAUUGGUUUAGUUUUAGAUAUGAUAAUAAGCUAUUAACCAGUUGAUUUUAAAACUUUCAUAAUUUUAUUUGUUUUACAAGUUUUGUUUAUUAUGUAGUACAUCAAGCUCAGUUUUUUGGGGCAAAAGUAAAUCUGUAUACUAAACUUUCUUUUAUUUUGACAAUAAUUAAGUGUACAUGAGCAUAGUGAAAGACUGGAAGAGUACUUAGAUGUCAAGAUAGGUUGAGGUAGUACAUGUGAGACAAGAGGUGCUAGUGUAGGGCUUUGAACAAGUGAGGAAGGAAGACCUGAAUUAGAAGACAUGGAGCCUCUUCUGCCAAGGCCACCUCCUUAGAUGCUGUCCUCAAUAGGCAUAAAACAUCAAAAGAGAGUUCAAGAGACAGUGACAGAGACAGAGAGAGCCUAUGAAAACAAAUUUUCAUUGAGAGCACUUCAGGAAGCCAGUCCAGCUUGGAUGCCUCUAUAUUUUUAAGCUUCAGGGUCAUCCUCAUCAAGUAGUGACUCAUUCAGGGGGAUUCUUUUUUGGAUGUACAUGUUAUGCAACUGCAUACGUGCAGCUACUAUAUGAGCAAUUUUAACUGGGUGGUACUGGUACUGUGGCCUGACUCACACAGACAACAUAAUCUGGAUUCCAGUAUCCGAUAUGUCUACUGUGUCUUUGUAUGGCUGUGGUAGGCGUGCUUACUAGCAGUUUUUAGCCAGCUCACAGGAGUCUUUAAAAAGGGCUCUAGAGGAUAACCAGGAUCACCUACAAUAAUAGAAGCACAAGUAAAGGAUUAGUCCAGGCAAAAAAAUAAUUUAAAAAAUCUUAUUCAUAAAUAAUUAAUGAUCACAUUAUUCUAAUAUUAUUUCUUGUUCAUGAAAUUAACCUUCAUUUUACUUUGAUCUUUUUUACAGAUUGAUCUUUCCCCUCCUAAGAAAAAUC